CUCAUCUGCAAAUUGUCAUCUGAUGUAUGCAUUGAGCCACGUAUAAAGCUUUGAAGCCAUCGAAACAAUUGCUGUUGUUUCUUCUCAUCAGAUAUUGGUAAUUCAUACUACUACUCACCCUACUGCGACCCGUACAAUUCCCGCAAUGUCAGCCGCGCCGAAGGGAAAGCAUAUCGUUGUUGUUGGGGCCGGCGUCAUCGGACUGCAGACGGCUAUAUCGUUGCUCGAAGCCGGCUACGACGUCACGGUUAUCGCGAAGCAUAUUCCUGGAGACCUGGAUAUCGAGUAUACAUCUCCGUGGGCCGGAGCGCAAUGGCGCACCCACGCCGGCAAAAAUGACAUAGAAGCCCAAGAGUGGGACAUGGCGAGCUACAACACCUGGCUCAACAUGCUCGAGGAAGAAGGCACAGACGUGUCGCACAAAACCGGGCUCGCAAAACUCGAGGCUGUGGAAUACACCUGGACGCCUCCCACAACCCCACCUCCCCUCCCCUGGUACGCGCCCCACGUGCGCAACUUCCGCUCCCUCUACACUCCUCCCACAAACACCAACCCCUCCUCGACCUCGACCCCUCCCACACCAACACCAACACCAACACACGCCUACACCUCCCUAACCCUCGACCCAACCCUCUACCUCCCGCACCUCCUCGACCGCCUCACCGUCCUAAACGGGCGCCUAAUCCGCGCCACGCUCCCCUCACCCCUCCCCGCCGCCCUGCGCGCAAUCCCUCUCAUCCUCGCCCAAAACCCCCGCACCAAUCCCCCCAGCGCAACGAUCCUCUGCCCGGGCCUGUCGGCCCUAACCCUCCUCCCAGACCCCCGCGUCCACCCCAUCCGCGGCCAAACAAUCACAGUCCAAGGCCUCCCCCAACUCGCUCAAAUGCGCGCGAUCCCCUACCUCUCGCCCAGCGACGCGACGCCCACGUACGCGAUCCCCCGGCCCGCGAGCAACGUGACCGUUCUAGGUGGGACGAGGGGCGAGGUGGGGGACUGGCGCGCACGGCCGGAUAAGGGGGUGAGGGAGGGGAUUUUGAGACGGUGUCGGGGGCUGGUGCCGGAGUUGCUUGUGGGUCUGGAGGGUGCGGCGGGUGGGACUAAGGAGGGGGAAGGGGGGUUCGAGGUCCUGGGCGAGGGCGUGGGACUCAGGCCGGGGAGGACGGGCGGGCCGAGGGUCGAGCUCGAGCCCGUUGUGUGUAAUGGGGGUGGAGACGGAGGAGAUGGGCCGCGCGAGUGGGUCGUAGGUUAUGCGUAUGGGCAUGCGGGCGCUGGGUACCAGAACUCGAUUGGGACGGCGAGGAAGAUGGUGCGGUUGCUUGGGGUGUGGUUUGAGGCCGAGGAGGCUGAGAAGGCGAGGAAGGCGAAGGAGGAGAAGGAGAAGGAGGGGAAGGCGAAGUUGUGAGUUAGUGAAUGACUGACUGACUGAGUGGGUGAGUGAGAGGAGACUUGGUGGUGGCUUUUGUUUGAAAGAAAGAGUUAUGAGCUAUAGAGAGGAAUUAUUUUUCAACCAGAUAUACAUACAUGCACCAACAACCCCCCAUAAACACACACCCUCGCCCUACAAAUAAUCCCCCCUCAUCUCCAGUAAUACCGCC